CCAGCCGCUUCCACCCCAUUCAGUCUCUUUUUAUUUCUCACUGUUUCUGUCAUGGCCGCGUGUUUAGUACCAGACUUUCCAGCUGUGAACAUUGCACUUGAACAUCUGGGCGAAUUAGAUAAGCAGCUGAGAGCCGAAGGAGUGUCGUUCAGUCAAGAAGCCAGCCAUCACCUGAGCGAGAUAGCAGAAGCCAUUAAAGAACUGGAGACAUGCAGAAAAGCCGUGCAUGAAGAGCUUGAGGUGGAAACGAUAGAAACGGGAAAACUCCGCCACCAGCUCAUGAGCCAGCAUGACAAUAUUAUCGCUGAAAUAUCAGCCGCCGUGUCCGCUGCUAGGGAUGCAAACGUGGCUGAGUUAAAUCAACUCCAGAUGGAGAUAGUAAACAUCCUGCAGGAGAUCGAGUCCAUGGAGAAGAGACAGAAGCUUCUGAAAGAACAGAACGUCCUACUUCUUCCAGAGCAGCAGCUCCUGAAUGCCGCCUACGCCGAGGUCAUCGAGCAGCUCAACAGCCAGUUGUCAGAGAAAGCUGAUACGCAGAUUACCCUAAAUGAAACAAAGAAUGAGAUCCAGUCUACGAAGGAGAAGAUCGCUCAGGUGCACUCAGCAAGGAAAGAUCUACAGGAUAACCUGAUUAGGAAGAAGAAGAUCUUUGAAGAAACUAAGAAAAUGCUUGAAAAACAGGAAUAA